GUCAGGUGAUAUGCAAGGAGCCGGAGAUUUAUGUAAUGUUAUAGGCUACUGUGCGAAUAGCUCGCCCAUUCCGGAUGUCGGGCUGUAUGAUUACUAUUGAUCAUUUCGGUUUCGCUAGCUGCUCGGGGGGAAUUCAGUACCCCUUGAACAGAACAGCUCCACUCCCUCAGCAAUCGCUUGGAUGAGGGUCGUUCUCCGUGACGUUUCUUUAAACCGGCGUCUGUCGUCUUCGCGAGGGUUGUAGAGACGACUGAAGUGAACUGCGCCUAGCUGCGUGCAGCUUCCCCGUUUGCUCGGGCUACAGUCAUUGCGUGCUUAGCCCUGCCAAGUUAGCAGGUUAGCAGAUAUAACGAACGAUGGCUGAGUGCGGGAGGAAGGCGCAGUCUCUUCUGCAGGCUGCCCGCUCCCGCUACGAAAGCUUGCAGAUUUCGGAUGAUGUUUUCGGUGAAUCUGGAGAGGACAGCAGCGAGAAUCCCUUCUAUAGCACCUCAGGUGAUUCCAACUCGGAUAACUACACAUCAGAAAGCAACGGGGACGAGCUACGCGGGUCUGAGACUGUGGACAGCCAAUCUGGAGAUGUCCCCGAUUCGGUUUCAAAUGCUCCAGCAGAGGAAGAGGGCUGGAGCGACGCCCUCCGAGAAAUCACGAUCCCUCCGUACAAAGAUACCUGUGGUCCCACACAGAAGAUGCCAGCCACUGCCACUGCGUUGGACUUCUUCCAGCUCUUUGUGCCAGACAAUGCCAUCCACAACAUGGUGACACAGACCAACAUGUACGCCAAGAAGUACCAGGAGCGCUUUGGGAGCGACGAGAGCUGGCAGAGCGUGACGACGGCGGAGAUGAAGGCUUUCCUGGGGUUCAUGACGUCCACCAGCGUUCAGCGCUGCGAGUCCGUGCUCAGCAUCUGGAGCUCUGGCUUCUUCAGCAACAAAAGCAUCGCGCCCCAGAUGAGCCAGGCCCGCUUCGAGAGGAUCCUCAAGUACUUCCACAUAGUGGCCUUCCGCUCCAGCCACGGCAGCCAGGGGCUCUACAAGAUCCAGCCCUUCCUGGACUCUGUGCAGCAAGCCUUCAGCUGCACCUUCCGACCCUCCCAAACGCAGGUUCUCCACGAGCCCCUUAUUGACGAGGACCCCGUCUUCAUCACCUCAUGUACGGAGCGAGAGCUGAGGAAGAGGAAGAAGAGGAAGUUCAGCCUCUGGGUGCGGCAGUGCACUGCCACAGGCUUCAUCAGCCAGGUGUAUGUGUACCUGAAGGAGGGCCCUGGGCCAGACGGAGUUGACGCUCUGAAGAACAAGCCACAGCUCCACAGCCUGGUGGCCAAACAGCUGUGCCACAACCUGUCCGGCCGCAACGCCAUCAUCUUCACCGGACCCAGCAUCACCAGUCUCAGCCUGUUCACAGAGUUCCAGAAGCAGGAUAUCUACUGCUGUGGGCUUCUGAGCACCAGGAAGAGCGACUGCACAGGGCUUCCCCCAUCCAUGCUGUCCAACCCAGAGACGGCUCAGCACCGGGGCCAGUCCCACAUCAAGAUGAGGGGCACCAUGUCCCUGAUCUCCUGGCACAACAAAGCCACCUUCCGCUUCCUAACCAACGCCUAUCCACCCAGCAAGCAAGGGGUGAUCAUUAAGAGGAAGAGUGGGGAGAUUGCGUGCCCCCUCGCUGUGGAAGCCUUCGCCGCACACCUGAGCUACAUCUGCAAGUACGACGACAAGUACAGCAAGUACUUCAUUUUCCACAAGCCAAACAAGACAUGGCAGCAGGUCUUCUGGCUGACGGUCAGCAUCGCCAUCAACAACGCCUACAUCCUGUACAAGAUGUCCGACGCCUACCACGUCAAGCGCUACAGCCGGGCACAGUUUGGAGAGAGACUUGUGAGGGAGUUGCUGGAUCUGGAAGACUGCUCUCCCACACAGUGAAGGACUGGACACACACCAGCGCACUCAAUCUCUCACUUUCACUUUCUUUCGUUCAAUCACACACAGAUAUGAACUCACUCAUACACACACAAGCACUCAUGCAACAACUCACUCACACAACUGACAGUCAGUCUCUCACACACGCACACACAAGCCUCUCUGCUGAAGCACCCCUUUCAGAGCACUUGGGUACGAUGAGUUUCCUCCUGAU